AUGGCUCCUCCAAAGCCACCAAACCCAUCUUCUAAAGAUAUUUUAGAAGAAGCUUUACAAAUGUCCUCAUUACACUUAAAUAAUGCUAUGGCUGAAACACAAGAGCAAAUGGAUGUAAGAUUUGCUCAAGUUCAUGAAGAUAUUGCCAAACAAGUGGGUCAGCUUCAUACAAGGUUAGAGAAUGACAAAAUUGAGGAAGAGUCAAAAUACCAAGCUCUUAUGGCAGCUCUGCAGAAAAUUUCCCUUCAAAAAGAACUACAACCUGCUAUUCCUACUCAUUCUGCACAGGCUGGUGGCAGCACAUCAGAAUGGUUAUUUCAGGCUGAUCAGUUUUUUAGUUUUUAUAACCUCCCACCAGAAAAUCGUUUAUCUUUGAUUUCUUUUUAUAUGAAGGGUGAUGCAUUAGGGUGGUUUAAAUGGAUGCAUCAGAAUCAUUUGUUAACAGAUUGGAUUUCUUUCACAAGAGCAUUAGAAUUACGUUUUGGUCCCUCUACUUUUGAAAACCAUCAAGCUGAAUUAUUUAAAUUAAAGCAAACAGGGUCUGUUAUGGAAUACCAAACAAAAUUUGAACAGCUUGGAAAUCAAGUGGUGGGACUACCACCGUUGGCAAUUUUAAACUGUUUUAUUUCGGGGCUGAACACAGAAAUCCAGCAUGAAUUAGCCAUCCAAAAACCCACAUCUAUUUCCCAGGCCAUUGGACUUGCAAAAUUAAUUGAGUCUAAACUCAAUGAAUCCAAACAAAAGUUCAUCAAACCAUACUCAACUACUUAUCCAAAACAAAUUUCUACACCCCCAAACACCCAGAAUUUUAAACCACCACCCCUUUCAAAUCAGCCCACUAAUGCCAUGCAAAAAAACCCCACCCCACAACAACCCAGAUUCCCUAUCCGAAAACUCACCCAGGCCCAACUUCAGGAGAGACGAGCCCAAGGCCUUUGUUUCAAUUGUGAUGAAAAAUUCAUCACCGGACAUAAAUGUUCUACAAAUAGAUUUUUCAUACUAUUGGCUGACGAAGAAGGAGUGAUGCCUGAACCAGAAUGUGUAAACAUGGAGGAACAUUCUUUAGAGACAGAAUUAAAUGACACUUAUUUUCAACUAUCCCCCCAAGCUCUAACAGGUCACUAUCAUCCACAAACACUAAAAUUCAAAGGGAAAAUCCAUGGUUUAUCCGUGAUGGUUUUAGUUGACACGGGUAGCACUCACAACAUUAUGCAGCCUCGCAUUGCUCAACACUUAAACUUACAUACCACCCCAAUCAACCAAUUCUCGGUUAUGGUUGGAAACGGUUCUCACCUUCAAUGUGAGGGAAUUUGCAGCAAUGUUCAAAUCCUACUUCAAAAUAAACCCUUCACCUUGCCCUUUUAUUUAUUACCUAUCGAGGGUGCUGAUAUUGUUUUAGGAAUGGCUUGGCUUCGAACCCUUGGCCCAAUACAAGCAGAUUUUUCAAUUCCCUCCCUCACCUUUCAACAUCAAAACACACCCCUAACCCUCACAGGCGACACCAGCUCAACACCCACAAAUACGACUUUCAACCAACUCCGCCAUCUUAUUCAUAUUGAUGCCAUUGCGUCUUUCCACUUAUUACUCAUGGAACCCAUCCACAACCUAUCUCAUUCAACUAUACCCACACCUUCGAACUCACCUAACAAAAAACCCUUUCCUGCCCCACUUACCAAACUUCUAACUAGAUUUCAAUCUAUUUUCCAACAACCAAAAGGCCUACCCCCAUCUCGCCAGCAUGACCAUCACAUAAAUCUCUUACCAAAUACACCACCUAUCAAUGUGAAACCUUACCGUUACCCACAUACAAAAAAAGAGGCCAUGACAAAAAUGAUACAAGAUAUGUUACAAGAAGGAACAAUCAGACCUAGCACUAGCCCUUUCUCAUCCCCGGUGUUAUUGGUCAAAAAGAAAGAUGGAACUUGGAGAUUUUGUGUGGAUUAUAGAGCAUUAAAUGCAGUGACAGUAAAAGACAGAUUUCCCAUUCCCACUAUUGAUGAGCUACUAGAUGAACUUAAUACAGCUUCCAUUUUUUCCAAGAUAGACUUGUGUUCAGGAUACCAUCAGAUCAGAUUAGCAUCAGAAGACACGCAUAAAACAGCUUUUCGGACUUUUGAUGGGCAUUACGAAUUCCUUGUAAUGCCUUUCGGCCUCACUAAUGGGCCAACUACCUUUCAAUCAGCUAUGAAUGACUUACUCCGCCCCUUCCUAAGAAAAUUCGUACUAGUUUUCUUUGAUGAUAUUUUAAUUUACAGUGCUAAUUUUCAGGAUCAUCUAACACAUUUGCAGGUCAUUUUUGAGUUAUUAGCAGAGCAACAUUUUUUUGUGAAACUAUCUAAAUGUGUUUUUGCAGCAAGUCAGAUUGAGUAUUUGGGACACAUUAUUUCCAAAGGCGGAGUAGCUCCGGAUUCGGAAAAGGUGAAAGCCAUAUUGGAUUGGCCAACACCACGUUCACUCACGACACUCAGAGGUUUCUUAGGCCUUACCGGUUUUUAUCGCAGAUUUGUUAAAGGUUACGCCACACUCGCCGCUCCCCUCACCGAUUUGUUGCGUUCCACUACUUUCAAAUGGAGUACAGAGGCAGCUAAGGCCUUUACAGAAUUGAAAGCAAAAAUGACCGACAUGCCGGUUCUUGCUCUACCGGAUUUUACAAAAGAAUUUACAGUUGAAACCGACGCUUCUGGUGUGGCCAUUGGUGCGGUUCUUUCUCAGGAGGGUCAUCCUAUUGCAUUCUUCAGUAAAAAGAUGUGCCCACGGAUGCAAUCAUCGUCAGUGUACGUUAGGGAAAUGUUCGCCAUCACCGAAUCUGUCAAGAAAUGGCGUCAGUACCUCAUUGGUCAACGGUUUCAUAUAUUUACAGAUCAAAAGAGCCUCAGAAAUCUGUUGCUUCAACGCAUUCAGACACCGGAACAAGAAAGAUGGACAGCAAAAUUGCAAGGGUUUGAUUUCGAGAUCUCAUACAAACCUGGAAAAUCGAAUUGUGUUGCGGAUGCGUUAAGCAGAAAGUUCGAACCGGCACCAGCAACAUUUUUUGCCCUCUCAUCUCCACUUCCAGACUUACUGCAAACCUUGAAGCUGUUUUACAAACAUGAUACGGUGGGUCAGAAUUUCACUCAGUUAGUCAAUCAAAAUAAUCAAAACGAUUACAGUAUGAACCAAGGUUUAUUGUACUACAAAAACAGACUCUUCAUACCAGAAAUUGCAGAUUUGCGAAAGCAAGUUGUACGAGAGUUUCAUCAGACACCAACAGCAGGUCAUUCCGGCGUCAGAGCUACUUUAGCCAGAUUGAGUUCUUCAUUUUGUUGGCCAGGCAUGUACCUCGAAGUGAAAAACAUGGUUAAACAAUGUUCUAUAUGCCAGCUUAAUAAAUAUGACACACAGAAAAAGAAAGGUUUGCUGCAACCUUUACCGAUUCCGAACAAAGUAUGGGAAGAAAUCACAAUGGAUUUUAUUACACACUUACCUAGUUCUUACGGUCACACGGCCAUUUGGGUAAUUUGUGAUAGACUGACAAAAUACGUUCACUUCAUUCCUCUACCAACCCAUUUCUCAGCAAAAGAUUUGGCUAACAGGUUCACAGUGGAGAUUUUUCGAUUGCACGGAAACCCUAAAACAAUAGUCUCUGACAGAGACCCUUUGUUCUUGAGCAAGUUUUGGAAAGAGUUCUUCAAGAACCAAGGGACACACCUGCAAUAUAGUACGGCUUAUCAUCCAGAAACAGACGGGCAAACGGAAGUAGUAAAUCGCUCAGUUGAAACAUACUUACGCUGUUUUGCUGGAGAGCAUCCUCGCACUUGGCAUAAGUUCCUCCAUUUGGCAGAAUACUGGUAUAACACGACGUUUCAUUCAGCAAUACAGAUGUCUCCUUUCAAAGCGCUCUAUGGCCGUGACCCUCCAAACAUCUUAGACUAUGUCAAGCAGACGGUUUCGGAUGGCACUCUGGAAUUAACACUACAACAACAUCAACAGAUUCUGAGUGAGUUAAAAAUCCACUUGAAGAAGAGUAGAAUAGCGAUGGAGAAACAAGCGAAUACGAAGCGAAGAAAUGUUACCUUUGUGGAAGGAGACUGGGUCCUGUUGAAACUACAACCGUAUCGUCAGACCACGGUUCAACAUCGCUCAUCUCAGAAACUUGCACAACGAUAUUUCGGUCCUUUUCGCGUGAUCAAACGAACAGGAACCGUCAACUAUCUCUUGGAUCUACCCUCUUCCUCUCGCAUCCACCCUAUCGUCCACGUAUCUCUGUUGAAAGCAUACCAUGGUGUCCAACCACCGACUGAAGGUCACCGUCUUCCAUUACCAGACUUCAUCGACUUUGAGCGCACCACAGAUCUGCAAAAAGAAGAAGACAACAAGACAAGGUUACUACAAGGUAGCAAAUGGGGAAACAAAUCUUGUCCAGAAUACACUCACACCAUACCGUCGCAGAAACUACAAGCCGGAGCCACCGAUGGAAGGAUGAAAGACAAAAAGGGAGAAGGGAGAACUCAAAAAGAAAAAGAAGUUUUCAAAGAAAAAGAGUUUGGGGUCUCACAGAAUCCGCAUCUUGGACAAAAUGAACAAACUGCGGUGUUAAGUAAUACAAAUGAAAGUGCAAGAGACAUGGGUACUUUAACUCUGAAAGAUUCUCACGCCAAACAAGUACUUUCGGUUCCCAACACAACCCAACAUGCAAACCGCCAGAUGACUGCCACGUCUCCACCUUUGCUGCGAUCUCCACGGUCCAAGAUGCAAGCCAGCUGUAUUCCUCUUUCUCAAUUUAAAUCUCAACCACUUUCCCACGUGACUGCCUCGGAUACCCAAAGGCACAAGGCUCAAGACAACUUUACCCAGGAUUCGCGCAGACCCUUAUCUCUUCAGCCAGCAUCCUCACCGUCCAUCACGAUUUCUCCAUCUGUUCUGCUGCCUUCGCACGCUAUCCAACCAGCAGUGCCUCUAGACAUUUCUCUUCCACAGACUUCAACGGCUAAUUGCCAAAUGGAUCAGCAUAUUGGGCUUCCUCCAAAUGGGCUUCAGAAGUAUUCUUCCAAGUUGAACCUUGAGGACAAGGUUCUCAUUGGGCCCGGGAGUAAUGUUAGGCCAACCAGAAUUAAAAAGAAACCUUUUUGGCUGAAUGAAUUUUAUAAUUAA